CUUAUGAAAUGAUAGAAUGGUUUCUGAGCGAAGAUGUUUAUAAAUAUGACUCCCAUUUGCGCUUAGGCUUGUUUACAACAAUCAACUAAUAAAAUGACGGUAUUCUGAUGUGGCAAUACGAAUGCUUGCACAAACGGUUAAAUUUUGCUAAACGAGCUGACUGAUAAAUUGUAGAGAUUGAUUUAAAGAUGAAUGAACCAAGUGUGGAGAUUACGAAGGUUAAUAAUGGCAUAGGUUCCAAGGAGAAGAAGAUCAACAUAUCUCCAGGUUCAGAAUCAAACAAGAGAUCAAAACAGUGUCUUUUCUGCUCUCUGCAAUUUUCAGACCUUGAGGAAUUGGAACUUCACCUAGUGAAGGAUCAUUACAGAGAUUGUUUCCAAUGUGGAAUUUGUUUUCCUUCCACUAGACUCUAUAUAUUCUAUACAGACCUACUCUCUCACUACCUGGAGCAGCAUGGUAUCCUUAAACCUGAAGAGGAAUAUCAACUCUAUAUUCCGAGAAGACUGGAGCAGGUUACCUGCUCAUUUUGUUCUCCCUCCAGAUACUUCCUUGGUAAGGAGCUUGAUGAUCUGAUGUUAGAAGUAUAUGAUCACGUGUUCACUCAACAUGAAUCUGAAUAUGCUAUAAAUGAAGAUAACCUAAACAUAGGUUUAACUUACUUCUGCAGGAUCUGUGUGAACCAACCUUUCUCUAGGACAGACCUAGAACACCAUUUGGAGAUACGUAAACCCAGGUCUAUCACAUAUGAGACUCAUCUGUAUCCAGAAAGUCUGAGUAAACCUCGCUGUAGAAGUAGUUUCAAGGAGAAAAGCGAGAAACUUUACUCUGGUGAGAGAGAGAAGAGUCGAGAUUCUUCUAUCAGAAUUACCGCGAGAGAAGAGAGGAACUCGUCCCUUGGGAGGUUCUCCUCUUAUCUCAACUGCAGGAACAGAUCCAGAGAUAAUAACAAUUCUUCGGAGAAAGAGAAUUCAAGAACUGACAAUAGACAUUCUGUAUCCAAGUUCUCAUACAAUAGAGCUUCUCGUUCAAGAUCUCAUUCAAAGGAUUUAAACCCGGAAGGAGUUCAGAGAUCUGUACUCGAAGAAUUGGAUCGUAACAGUUUAGGGGAUACGCGUUUUAAACACCAUAAGAAGCAAAAAACUAGUUUCACCGGAAAACUUGAAGAUGGACCCAAGUUUAGGUUGGAUGAAAAGAAGAAAAUUAAACACUUGACUGACGAGAGAACAAAAUAUGAUCAGAAGACCCCACGAUCUGAAAUUAAAAGGACUUCACAAUCUGACCGGUCUAAUGAAAAGUCAAGUAGUUCAAUAGAAAGGACCAUGAAGUCUGAUGGAUGGAAGAAUGCCAGUUCUGAAAGGUCUACUGAGAAGACUGGAAAAUCUGAUUGGUCUAAUGAAAAGUUAAGUAGUUCAAUAGAAAGGACCAUGAAGUCUGAUGGAUGGAAGAAUGCCAGUUCUGAAAGGUCUACUGAAAAGACUGGAAAAUCUGACCGGUCUAAUGAAAAGUCAAGUAGUUCAAAAGAAAGAACCAUGAAGUCUGAUGAAUGGAAGAAUGCCAGUUCUGAAAGGUCUACUGAAAAGACUAGAAAAUCUGUCCGUUCUAAUGAAAAGUCAAGUAGUUCAAAAGAAAGAACCAUGAAGUCUGAUGAAUGGAAGAAUGCCAGUUCUGAAAGGUCUACUGAAAAGACUAGAAAAUCUGUCCGUUCUAAUGAAAAGUUAAGUAGUUCAAUAGAAAGAACCAUGAAGUCUGAUGAAUGGAAGAAUGCCAGUUCUGAAAGGUCUAUUGAGAAGACUGUAAAAUCUGAUUGGUCUAAUGAUGGUAAUUAUUCUAGCAACAAGAGUUCUGGUUCGAAUGGGACUGAAAAAGGGAUAAAACAAAGUGAGAGGAUGAACUGGUCUCAUGAGAAGAAAAUGAAAAUAGAAGAUCAAAGAUCCAACAGAUGGAACUUUAAAGGCAUGAGUAUCGAGAACAAGUUAGAUCAACAAAGCGAAGUUUCUGAAAUAUCGAAGACAGUAACAGACUUUCUUAAAAGGCAUAGAAUAGGAGACAAACAAGUUCCUUAUACUUCUAACACUGAGUACGAGUGUACAGCAGAGAGAGGAGAAGGACGGAUGAAAAAAGUUGAGCCGAGAGAGAAAACUUCUUCUCAAACAAUUUCCCGGUCCAGUAAAUCCAGGUUGAGGGAAACUACCAAGAACCAGGAAACCAGAUCUAAAUCCGCUUCUUCAGCAGAUACCAAGACUAAGAACGAUUUGUUCUCCUGUUUGCUAUGUUAUGAAAAGUUUAUAAAUGCUCAGGACGGAAUAGAUCAUCUUAUGUCAGCUCACGGUAUCAACAGUAACCCGGAGAAGUAUCUCGAGAACUUUGAGUCUCCCCGUACUCAUGUCUCUUUAUGCUGCAAGCUCUGCAAGUGGAGGAUGGAUUCUAGCCUGGAGAAGGUUAGAUCGGAGGGGAGAUAUCAUAUACAGGAGCACCCAACCUACUCUGGUUCUAUCAGGGAUGGGUUCAGUUUGAUUUGUAUGGUUUGUCAGUUUCAAAUAGAUGAGCUUAGUCCUGCAGCAAUGAGUUCUCAUCUUCGUAAACAUGGAAAUCAGGCUAAAAACAGGGAGAAGGUUUGCGGAUACUGUCUGGAAGGGUUGGACCCAGCUCAAGGUUCGGCUCACUACACAGAGAACCAUAUCCUUGAUCUGUUCUCCUGUCUCCUCUGUCAGGACGUGUUUCAUCUCAACAUUUCAGCAGUUUUACAUCUUCAGGAUACUCACAAUCAACCUUUAAGCUCCAGUUACAAGUACAUAUCUAAACCUGAGGAGAAUAAGUCCUAUCUCUGUCUAAUCUGCGGGCAGAGGUUCUUUAACAGGUCGGAGGAUGAUCUAAGAAAUCAUUUUCGUCAAGAACACGGUAAAGAGUUGGAUGUUACCCAGGUUCGUUUCAGUUGCCGACUUUGUGCAAGGGAUAAUGUUUUCUAUGACGAAUCCUCCUUCACAGACCAUGUAAACACGUGUGGUCUAGAAUCCUACUCUCAGACUGAGCCUGGAGAAAAGAAUUUCCUAGCCUAUUCUCUGAUUAAAACUGAGGAGAAGGGUUUCCCUGUCUACUCUCUGACUGAACCAGAAGAAAAGAUUACCCCACCUUACUCUUUAGCUGAACCUGGUGAAAAGAGUUCUCCUGUCUACUCUUUAGCUGAACCUGGUGAAAAGAGUUCUCCUGUCUACUCUUCAGCUGAACCUGGUGAAAAGAGUUCCCCUGUCUACUCUUUAGCUGAACCUGGUGAAAAAGUUUCCCCUGUCUACACUCUGACUGAUCCUGGAGAAAGGAGUUCCAGAACGUACUCCUUGAUUGAAUUCGGAGAGAAAAGUUUAAAACUGAUUGAACCUGGAAAAAAGAGUCCCACCUUAAAGUUGAUGUGGGGAUGUGGAAGAUGUGGAGUACAGAACCCUGUACAGAGAAGGAUUUGUGGUAGUUGUGGUAAUAUCAGGAUAUGUUUUUAACAACAAGGAUAACAUCCUGGAAAAGAAUCUAAUAAACAAACCAAUGUUUACACAAUAGAUGGGAUCUAAACACAAGCUUCUCAGACAUCUUCUCAAACUGAGAAAUUAUUUCCAGGAAAUAAUUUAAUAUUAAAUAUCUAUUACAAGGUUUGACGGUUUGACGACCUUGAGUAAUUAAUGAAAAGCUGUUACAAAAUCUAAAAACAUAAUAGAAUAUGCACAUGUUUCAGAGAGAAGCCAUUUUGAAAUGAAUUCUGUUUAUUAAAUAUUUAUUAUCUUCCGACUCAUUCAUUAAUGCUAAUCUGCUUCUGCCUGCUAAUUUAUUUAUUAACUUUGUUUUUUAUUAUUUUUUAUUUAUUUAUUAGA